ACCCAACUUCCUAUCAUCACCACCGUCAAAUCCAACGGCCUAAAGUUAAUUCCCCACAGUAACCUCACUACACCUUACAACACCCAAUCUCACCCCUCAUAAUUUCUCACACACUAUAAAAACUCACUCCACUCUCUUACUCACACUGUCAACACUCCUAAACACAGUGUCUUAGCUGCCGUCGUUGUCGUACUUGUUUUGUGUGUUGAUUGCCGGAGUUUCGGCGAUUUUUAGGGUUCCGGCGAGAAGUUAAGGUUUCGUUGAACGAAAUGAUUCCAGAUCUAGUUACACAGAUCGUGAUUCCGGCGUGCGCCGUCGUCGGUAUCGUAUUUUCUCUUGUUCAAUGGUUUAUUGUCGCUAAAGUUAAGGUCUCGUCGGAAAGACACGUCAACAACGGCGGAAGUGCUAAGAAUGGAUAUCAUGAGUACUUGAUUGAGGAAGAAGACGGUGUUAAUGACCAAAAUGUCGUCGCUAAAUGCGCCGAAAUUCAAAACGCCAUUUCUGAAGGGGCAACGUCUUUUCUAUACACGGAAUAUCAGUAUGUUGGAGUGUUCAUGGUUGCAUUUGCUGUCCUCAUUUUCCUCUUUUUGGGAUCAGUGGAAGGCUUUAGUACCGAAAGCCAAGCAUGCACGUACAACCCCUUCAAGAAGUGCAAGCCUGCAUUGGCUACGGCUCUCUUUAGCACUGUGUCUUUCGUGCUCGGUGCUGUCACUUCUGUCAUCUCUGGUUUUCUAGGAAUGAAGAUUGCUACCUUUGCCAAUGCAAGGACAACCUUGGAAGCUAGGAAGGGGGUUGGUAAGGCAUUUAUUGUUGCAUUCAGAUCUGGUGCUGUUAUGGGUUUCCUCCUUGCAGCAAAUGGCCUAUUGGUCCUCUAUGUUACCAUUAAUUUGUUCAAGCUGUACUACGGCGAUGAUUGGGAAGGCCUAUUUGAGGCUAUUACUGGUUAUGGUCUUGGAGGUUCUUCAAUGGCCCUUUUUGGUAGAGUUGGGGGAGGUAUUUAUACUAAAGCUGCUGAUGUAGGUGCUGAUCUAGUAGGAAAGAUUGAAAGGAACAUCCCAGAAGAUGAUCCAAGAAACCCAGCUGUGAUCGCUGACAACGUUGGUGACAAUGUUGGUGAUAUAGCUGGGAUGGGGUCUGAUCUUUUUGGUUCAUAUGCUGAAUCAUCCUGUGCUGCCCUUGUUGUUGCCUCUAUAUCCUCCUUUGGCAUCAACCAUGAGUUUACUGCCAUGUGUUAUCCUCUACUUGUCAGUUCGAUGGGGAUCAUAGUUUGUUUGAUCACAACUCUCUUUGCUACCGAUUUCUUUGAAAUUAAAGAGGUCAACGAAAUUGAGCCAGCACUGAAGAAGCAGCUUAUUAUUUCAACUGUUCUUAUGACUGUCGGUGUUGCAAUUGUCACUUGGCUUGCUGUUCCAUCCACUUUCACCAUUUUCAACUUUGGCACUCAAAAGGUCGUCCAAAAUUGGCAACUUUUCCUAUGUGUGUGUGUUGGUCUUUGGGCUGGACUCAUCAUUGGCUUCGUGACAGAGUACUACACCAGUAAUGCAUACAGUCCUGUGCAAGACGUUGCUGAUUCCUGCCGAACAGGAGCUGCCACAAAUGUUAUAUUUGGUUUGGCCUUGGGUUACAAAUCUGUCAUCAUCCCCAUCUUUGCUAUAGCUCUCAGCAUCUAUGUCAGUUUCAGCUUUGCUGCCAUGUAUGGUAUUGCUGUUGCGGCCCUUGGAAUGCUGAGCACCAUUGCCACUGGUCUUGCGAUUGAUGCUUAUGGUCCAAUUAGUGAUAACGCUGGAGGUAUUGCUGAGAUGGCAGGGAUGAGCCCCCGAAUCCGUGAGAGAACAGAUGCCCUUGAUGCAGCUGGGAAUACGACUGCUGCUAUUGGGAAGGGGUUUGCUAUAGGAUCUGCUGCUCUGGUCUCCUUAGCUCUUUUUGGUGCUUUUGUCAGUCGCGCAUCUAUUUCAACCGUUGAUGUGUUGACCCCCAAAGUUUUCAUUGGUUUGCUUGUCGGUGCCAUGCUUCCUUACUGGUUCUCUGCCAUGACCAUGAAGAGUGUGGGUAGCGCUGCUCUUAAGAUGGUUGAGGAAGUUCGCAGGCAGUUCAACACUAUCGAGGGUUUGAUGGAAGGAACUGCUAAACCUGACUAUGCCAAUUGUGUUAAGAUCUCUACUGAUGCAUCUAUUAAAGAGAUGAUUCCCCCUGGUGCCUUGGUCAUGCUCACUCCACUCAUUGUUGGAACCUUCUUUGGUGUUGAGACUCUUUCUGGUGUUCUGGCUGGAUCCCUUGUUUCUGGAGUCCAGAUAGCAAUUUCCGCCUCCAACACUGGUGGUGCAUGGGACAAUGCCAAGAAGUACAUCGAGGCCGGUGCUUCGGAGCAUGCAAGGACUCUUGGGCCAAAGGGGUCUGAUCCACACAAGGCAGCAGUCAUUGGUGAUACCAUUGGCGACCCGCUCAAGGACACAUCGGGCCCUUCGUUGAACAUUUUGAUCAAACUUAUGGCUGUUGAGUCACUUGUUUUCGCUCCAUUCUUUGCAACUCACGGUGGUUUGCUUUUCAAGAUCUUCUCGAGUUAAUUUUCGAGAAUCUCUUGUGGUGAAUGAAUGAGAAGAGCUUCACUUGAGCAGGUUCCGUUGUUAUCAGUUCUAUCAAAGCCGGUUUUUUCCCCGAUCAUUUGGGUUUUGUCUGUUAAUUUUGGUAGUCAUUGAUAUAUAAUUGUUAUCAAUUGUCAUGAAAGUAGGAGUGCUAAUGCACUUUGAGUCUAGAGGUAAGAAAGGCAAAUUGUUAUAUUUUUGUUGUAGAAAAGGUUGAUCCAUCAACCGCAAAUGUUAAGUGUAUGAGCAUUUUGCACUUGAAGAGUCUAGAGGAAAGGAAGUAGAUGGCGAAUUGUUAUACUUGUUGUAGGAAGGUUGAUCCAUCAACCGCAAAUGUUGUGUUGUAUACCGCAAAUGUUAUGUGGGCAUAAUGUUGCCAUUUUGUCAAGGUUAUAAUUUUGUUGUCCUCUUGUUA